AUGAAGGCCCAAAGGCCAGGACCGAAGCCCAAUGCUGGUGCGAAGGCGACAUCGAAGGAGAAACGAAGGACUUCCCGAGGGAGGACUUCGCGUGCAUGUGAUCGUUGCAGAGUCAAGAAGGCAAAAUGCGAUGGCGCCCAGGUGUGCAAGACCUGCCAGGCAAGCGACAGCCUGUGUGUAUAUUCUGCCCGGAGACGAGAGGCAAGGAAUUAUUACUGCCAGAUGCGAGAAGUCACAGAUGCCGCCCUCCAGCGACUAUAUUGGGCUUGCCGAAGGAAAACCGGGUUUCCAGGACAGAUUCCCGACGAGUCAACGGGCGUGGUCACCACCACCGACAUCCUGAAGGGCAUGGGCCUGAUCAAGCCAGAAUUUGACGAGUUUGAGUUGCCGAAACAGACGGAGCAGAAUAUACAUGCGGCCGGGUCUUCAGAUCGGCGCAGGCGCCCUCUUCCGGCCAUCAAGCCUCGCGGCCACGAGGAAGACAGCGACCGUCAGUCCAGCGCAUCCUCCGACUCUACUGCCAGCAGCCCGCCGUUACCGAGCGUCCGUCCUGCAGAUAUCCCGGACACCACGUCGCAGCCAGCGACGCCAUACGAGGAGAUCGAUAUGAAGGAUCAAUUCUUGGCGUACUCGCCCACCACCAAACCCGUGCGGCCCGAUGACAGAAUCAAGAGCCCCGCGGGACACAAUCCGCUAUUUCACCAAGUCGAGACCACGGCCGACUCGCAGCAUAUGGACGUCGAUGCAUUCCUCGACAUGAGCUUCUGUGCGCCAGCCACCUCAGCGCCGCAAUCGGUAUACACUCACUAUCGAUCGACGCCAUUUAGGAUGCCGCCCAUGGCUGCGCCUCAUUUUCCCGAGGUGCAAGCCAACCCACCGCCGCCCGACCUUAUCUACGACGACUUUCUUUCGCCGUGGCCAGGAUCCAUGGCAGCGGCCCAUCAGUCCGUGGCUAUAUAA